AUGCCUGUGAUUAGAGGGAGAGUCCUGCUCAUCCUCGGCUUCGUCUGCCUGACAACUUUCCUGGCUGCCGUGAGAGGACUGCCCGUGAGGAAAGAGCGCAGCAACAGCCCAAAGGAGAGAAGCUCUAAGCUGGCGGAGGUCUCUGCCUCAUCCAACCCCCAUUUGGCAGGGGACGAGGAGCUGCCACCACCAGGCAAGGCACGGGGGCUGAGGCGGAGCGGGCAGGCUGGCCUGCGGCGGCACAGGCGCCGGGGGGUGGCUCAGCAGGUAGCCAGGAGCCCAGCACUGCCCCAUCCUGACAACACCAACCAGGAGCAGAACCUACCCUUCGUGCUGGACCUGCAGAGUUUGACGGGGCUGACCAAUGUGGACCUGAGCGCCCAGAAUCCCAACAUCCAGGUGACCAUCGAAGUGGUGGAUGAUCCUCAGGCCGAGAUGGAGAUGGACUUGUUGAAGGAGACAAGCAAUGACUGGUCCCUGAUGUCCUCUGAGUGGUUGUCCCACAAAGACCUCUUCUGGCCCCUCUUCUGGGAAUACACUGACCACAGUGAGAAGGAGGAGGAGGAGGAUGAGGAAGAGGAGGAAGAGGAUGAGAAGCUGGAUGUCGGGGACAGGGAGGAGGAAGAAGAGGAUGAGGAGGAAGAGGAGGAAGAGGAAGAUUACACAGCAGAGUAUGAGGAGGAGGAGUCCAUGCUCAGCGGAGUGGGAGGUGACUGGGACCAGCAGUGGCCUGGGCAGAAGAACUGGAUCUUUAAAGAGAAAUAUAAUUAUGACUAUGAAGAUGAGGAGGAGUGGAGCCUGUGGUCCCCUUGCAGCACCACUUGUGGCAGCGGCAACCAGAAGAGGACUCGGUCCUGUGGCUAUGCCUGCACAGCAACAGAGUCAAGGACCUGUGACCUUCCUCACUGCCCUGGAGCAGAAGGGGAAAUGGUCUUCCCCACAGAAGAGGCGCCUUUCAAAAGUGACAACACCACAGAGAUCUUCAACUCAGAGGUGGACAGUUGUGAGAAGUGGCUGAACUGCAAGAGCGACUUCCUCACCAAGUACCUGAGCAAGGUGCUGACAGAUCUGCCCAGCUGCCCCUGCUCCUACCCGCUGGAGGCCGUCUACAGCGCCGUCAACCUGCAGGACGAGCAGCAGGGCAAGAGCUUCCGAUGGCGGGACGCCAGCGGCCCCAAGGAGCGCCUGGACAUCUACAAGCCGACGGCACGCUUCUGCCUGCGCUCCAUGCUGUCCCUCGACAGCACCACGCUGGCUGCCCAGCACUGCUGCUACGACGAGCACACGCGCCUCAUCACCCGUGGCAAGGGCGCCGGCGUCCCCAACCUCAUCAGCACCGAGUUCUCCCCGGAGCUGCACUACAAGGUGGACAUGCUGCCCUGGAUCCUCUGCAAGGGCGACUGGAGCCGCUACCACGCCAUCCGGCCCCCCAACAACGGGCGGCGGUGUGCCGACAACCCUGCCGAGGAGGAGUACCUCUCCCAGCUGCAAGAGGCCAAGGAGUACUAG